AUGUUCAAGGUGCUGGUCCACCCUCACGGCGCCCUUUCUCCAGGGCUUUUCUCUCCAAUAUCGCUGCUCUAUUUGCCUUUCCAACUGUUGUCUCGACCCUUGCUCCUGUCGUUCAUUCUUGGCCUACUCGCCGCCACCAUACCCGCUGUCACCGCUCAAGGCUUCGUUAAUGCGCAAGCACUCACAGUGAUUGACUCUCCGGCUCCCAAUUCCCCGUUACAUGCAGGGAGUACCCAGGGCAUCGCACUCGACGUCUCCGCUGGGAGCAGCGGACCGUUCGCGUACAACUUUCUUGAGGUCUACCUCGUCUCCGCCACUACCGGAACAAACAUCACUGUGUCCAACACGCCGCAGCUGCUCACACAGGAGCCUGGAAGUACCGUGAAGCACACUAAUUGGCUGGUAGACCCAUGUUUGCAGUCGGGACCAUACAACCUCACUGUGUACGAAUCGUCGACUCUCACUAGUGACGGCACCGGCUACUUCACCAUCUUGGCUGUGCCCGUUCAGGUGGACAACGGCGGAGUCCCCGACCCAAGCUCAUGUGCAUCCGAACUCAACACUUUGCAAGCGCAACCACAGGCGUCAAGUCCUCCCCCGGUGAACCUCAUCCCAGGCCGCGGUAACCCUAGCGGUUCCUCAACCCUCUCCUCUGUCACUGCGACAGGGAGCGCGACCGGUACGGCUACGUCAAAUGUAACCGGCAGCGCUACCGCCAUCUCAAACGUCACUGGUACAGCUACCGCCACGCCCACGCCCUCGGCGGGAGAGAUCAUCACCAUCACUGCAGGCAACGGGGACAUCACCAUCCCCAUCUCAAAUCUCCCUGGGACGAUUGUUGUCGAGCCCUCCGGAGGCGCGCCGCCCGAGACGAGCACGAGCGACGUAUCGUCGGGUUUCACCACGAUCUUCAAGACGGUCGCGCCCACGACGACGGCGACGCUUACCGUGACCAUCUCUCAGCCCCUCACAGUGACGUUUGAGGAGACGUUCGUUAGCACGUUCACUGCCUCUGGUCAGACCCAAGAACUGACGGUGACGCAGACGCAGACCCUCGUCUCCACAGUCGAGCUCAUCCAGACGCAGGUGCAGACGCAGGUGUCGAGUCCUGAGCAGGCCGGGCUUCUGCCUGUCAACUCAGGAUCGGGGGGCAUGUCGCCGCUUUCCGCUGUCACAUUACUCUCGGCCGCCUCCGUAUCGGCGUUCGUCUAUGUCCUCUGUUCGUCUUUUACGUUGUAG